AUGCACUCGAAAGCAAAUUCGCGGUCGCCGAUAUCAUCAUGGACGAGUCAGCAGCUCGAGGCGGCAAAGUCUAUUGCCAAACUAGACAAGAAUGGGGGUAUAAUUGUUGGCAGACAGAGUGGGAGUGUGAAGCUGUCUGAAGUACCAGCCAUUAAGCCGGAUAGUACUAGUUUCAGACAUGAUGUGAGCACAUUGGCCGACUUAUGGGACAAGGUUGGAGCGGCAACCGGUACAAAGUGGACGGUUGAAGGUUCCCUUGACGAAGUUGGUGUUCAAAACAAAGGGAAGAAUGCCGUUGAGGAUGAGAACUCCAGGAGGCUUCUUUUUACAAUAACGAGGGAAGAACAAGUCAUAUAG